GGCAGGUGGCGCUGACCACCAGGCUGAGGAGCCCGUAGGAUCCGGGGGCCCGCGAAAGCAAAGCACUGAGGUGGCGGGGUUUGCUGGAGAGUGACAAUGUGCGGAAGGACCUGUUACUGCGGGAGCGGGAGCGGGAGCUCAGCGCUCAGAGUCAGAGACGAGGGUGAAUCAGCAGCUCUGGGAGGGCUCCAAAAUGGGCUUGGCUGAGUGCGCAGCCACAGCAGACGCGCCUCGAGAGAGCGCAUAAAACCCGGCAAAGCCAAAGUGCGUUAUCAGCCGCUGGUCUCUUGGGAGGCUCCCACCUGCCAGACCACCAGUGCCUCGCGCCCAGAUAAAUCUUGAGCACUCAGCCCCCGCCCCACCCGCCGCUCCUGGAACUCCACCUUCCAGAAGGCAGCGAGAACCGCCUGUGUGGCUAAUCUGUAAGCCGGAAAAGAGUUGCGCACGCGCAGAGAGGGCGGCCCAGCGCAGACUCAGUGCCUCUCCUCUGGGCCCCGCUCGCCCCGCCCACCGGGCUCCUUGCACUCCGCUCCUUUCUUGUAUCACCGCUACGCAUGCGCCUUGCAAGGAGGGGCGAGAUUUCGGGGACAGGGCCGGGGGCGGGCCUAGGCCAGGGGCUCACAGCGACUGCGCGGACGGGUUCUCAACUGGAACAUGGCGACUUGCGCCGAAAUCCUGCGGAGCGAGUUCCCCGAAAUUGACGGACAGGUCUUCGACUACGUGACGGGCGUCUUGCACAGCGGCAGCUCGGACUUUGAGUCUGUGGAUGACCUGGUGGAAGCUGUGGGGGAACUAUUGCAAGAGGUGUCCGGGGACAGCAAGGAUGACGCGGGCAUCAGGGCCGUGUGCCAGCGCAUGUACAACACUCUGCGCCUGGCUGAACCACAGAGCCAGGGAAAUAGCCAGGUGCUACUGGACGCCCCCAUCCAGUUGUCAAAGAUAACGGAGAACUACGACUGUGGAACCAAACUUCCAGGACUGCUAAAGAGGGAACAGUCCUCGACAGUGAAUGCAAAGAAGCUUGAGAAGGCUGAGGCUCGACUUAAGGCAAAGCAGGAGAAGCGGUCAGAGAAGGACAUGCUCAAGACCAGCAACCCUCUAGUCUUAGAAGAGGCAUCAGCUAGCCAGGCAGGCAGCAGAAAGGAGAGUCGAUUGGAAUCAUCUGGCAAGAACAAAUCCUAUGAUGUGCGAAUUGAGAACUUCGAUGUGUCCUUCGGGGACAGAGUACUGCUGGCUGGAGCUGAUGUGAACCUGGCAUGGGGCCGCCGUUAUGGGCUGGUGGGGCGGAAUGGGCUGGGGAAGACCACGUUACUGAAGAUGCUGGCCACCCGGAGUCUCCGGGUUCCAGCCCACAUUUCCCUGCUGCACGUUGAGCAAGAGGUUGCUGGAGAUGACACCCCUGCCCUACAGAGUGUGCUGGAGAGUGACAGUGUGCGGGAGAGCCUGUUACGGCGGGAGCAGGAACUCAGCACCCAGAUUGCUGCUGGCAGGGUGGAGGGCUCUGAAGCUGCAGAACUGGCAGAAAUCUAUGCCAAACUGGAGGAGAUUGAGGCUGACAAGGCACCUGCCAGGGCAUCAGUCAUUCUCGCUGGGCUUGGCUUUACCCCUAAAAUGCAGCAGCAGCCUACCCGGGAGUUCUCGGGUGGCUGGAGGAUGAGGCUGGCCCUGGCCCGGGCCCUGUUUGCUAGGCCAGAUCUGCUGCUGUUAGAUGAACCUACAAACAUGCUGGAUGUCAGGGCCAUCCUGUGGCUGGAGAAUUACCUGCAGACAUGGCCCUCCACAAUCCUGGUCGUCUCUCACGACCGCAACUUCCUGAAUGCCAUCGCCACAGACAUCAUCCACCUGCAUAGCCAGCGGCUAGAUGGUUACCGGGGAGACUUUGAGACCUUCAUCAAGAGCAAGCAGGAGCGGCUGCUCAACCAGCAGCGGGAAUAUGAGGCCCAGCAGCAGUAUCGCCAGCACAUCCAGGUUUUCAUUGACCGGUUUCGCUACAAUGCCAACAGAGCCUCUCAAGUGCAGAGUAAACUCAAGAUGCUGGAGAAGCUACCUGAGCUGAAGCCUGUGGACAAGGAAUCAGAGGUGGUAAUGAAGUUCCCCGAUGGGUUUGAGAAGUUCUCGCCGCCAAUUCUGCAGCUAGAUGAGGUGGAUUUCUACUAUGAUCCGAAGCACGUCAUCUUCAGUCGCCUCUCCGUGUCUGCUGAUCUCGAGUCCCGCAUCUGUGUGGUUGGAGAGAAUGGGGCCGGGAAGUCUACCAUGCUGAAGCUGCUUAUGGGGGACCUGGCACCUAUUCGGGGCAUCAGACACGCUCACAGGAAUCUGAAGAUUGGCUAUUUCAGCCAGCACCAUGUGGAGCAGCUGGACCUAAACGUCAGUGCUGUGGAGCUACUGGCACGCAAGUUUCCUGGGAGGCCUGAGGAAGAGUACCGCCACCAGCUGGGUCGGUAUGGCAUCUCCGGAGAACUGGCCAUGCGCCCUGUCGCCAGCUUGUCUGGGGGCCAGAAGAGCCGAGUGGCCUUUGCUCAGAUGACCAUGCCCUGCCCCAACUUCUACAUUCUGGAUGAACCCACAAACCACCUGGACAUGGAGACCAUCGAGGCUCUGGGCCGUGCCCUCAACAGUUUCAGAGGUGGCGUGAUUCUGGUGUCCCACGACGAGCGCUUCAUCAGGCUGGUGUGCCGGGAGCUGUGGGUGUGCGAGGGAGGCGGCGUCACCCGCGUGGAAGGAGGAUUUGACCAGUACCGCGCCCUUCUCCAAGAGCAGUUCCGCCGUGAAGGUUUCCUCUAGGGCCACCAGGCUGAGGACUUGCCCAGGACAUGGACUGUCUCAGACCCCUGGGCCACCACGUAGGCAACCAACUCCAGGCCAUGAACUUCCCCCGACUUGGGGACAGCCUUAUUCCCAAAUGUCUCUCUCCUUUCAACUGGAGCAUCUUCUGUACAACCUUGGGAGCCCAUCCAGGGGUUGGUGAGGACUGGUCUCCCAGGGUGCGGGGUCUGGGGGGGUGCCCUCCAGGGUUAUAGAUGCCCCCACUGCCCCAGCUCUGACUGGACCCCAAGUGGCUGCUAUGUAAAUUAAAUCUCUCCCUGCGUCUCA